GCCGUCUGAGAGCUCGGAAGGAGAACCUCUGACUUCGGGUGAUGAUGUUGGUGCCACAGGAUCGGACAGCUGUGCGCUGCAGUCGUCUACCAACGAUGAUGCUGUGAAUACUGCUGAAAACGACGAGAAUCUCCGAAAGGAAACUGUCGAACUAGAACAUGAGGAGGUCCUGGCUACUCGUGAUGAUGUAUUGGACUCCGAGCUCGCUUCAUUAUCAUCGCAAGCCUCUGUGGAUACGCCUCGUGGGGAAGAGACUACUAAGGAGAAGAGCGACGUUGUUGAGGCUGGUGAAGUUGAAGAACAGCAGUCUAAGUCGGAAUCGGUGGUGCUACCAUCAUCCACAGUUUCUGAGGAGGUCCGACCGUCUGAUGCUUGA